AUGACGGAAAUCACAACCCCGAAGAAGCCGCGUUGUGACUGCGGCCUCACCUUCGAGGACAGACGCUCACUACACGAACAUGUCGGGCAGACGGGCCACAUGAUGACGAAAAGUUGUACGGUUUGCUGCCAGGUCCUCAAGAACCCGAAAGGCCUGGAACAACAUAGGAAGAACUCCCCAAGGCACAAGGGGGGCUCGACCUCUCCCUCAGCGACGACGACCAAGUUCACUUCGAUCAAGCUCAUCACUCAAGUAGGCGCCGCGGCCCAAGCGAAGGAUGACUUGGUAUCAACGCCGCCAGACGCGGCCCCGUCUCGUAAAGUCAAGCAAAAGAAGGAAGGGGCGGGUGCUGGUGCUUGUGUCCAACCAACAGAUGCUUCAAGCUUGAGCGCAGCCUCGCCCAAGCCAGUAAAGCUUCGCGGCAUCAAACAGGAGAACCAGAGUCGCAGCACGAAGAAAGCUGCCGAGCCUCCCCGCCGCCCGAGUCUGAAUGAGCUUGCUGAAUCUUCGUCUUUGGGGAACACAAGCGGCGCCCCAGCGAAGAAGACGUCCACACCUCCUUCGGUUACCAGGAAGACGAAGAACCCAGCGAACCUUGGGAAGUCUUCGCCCGUAGGCGUCCCAGCACCUCAGACUGCACCGCGGUCGAUCCAGCCGGCGAAACCUGAACAGCCUUCUCGUGAGGCAAUUCAGAAGCCGACAAUACAAAACACUUUGUCGAAUUAUCCGGUACUGCCCAAGAAGCAUGACCUGUUGGGAGUUCCGGAAUCUAUCGAGUCGAUCCCAACAGCGCAUCAAGUCUUGCCUAUCACCAUGCUGCCCGCGGAAACCCCAAAGCCCCAGGCGAACAUCGCCUCGGGGCAAAUCGUAGACCUCGUCGAGUCUCUUCCCGUGCCUGCCCCAGUACACAAAGCGACUUUAGCAGAUCCCGUCGAGACUCGUCCCAUACCUGCCCCGGUACACGCGGCGACCUUCGCAGCAAAGCAUUCCAUAAACGCCCUGACCCUAUACCCCUGGGUCUCGCCAGCAGAAGACCCAUCCAUCCUCUACACGCUACACCUCCAAUGCCACGACGAGCGACGCAUCUUCUCCAACACCUCCAACGCACUCAACCCCAAUCAGUUCCUCAGCGCCCCGGCCCCAGACCCCUGCGUUCCCAAGCGCGCCGCCAUCGUCGUCGACUGCGAAAUGGUCGAGAUCAGCGGCCGCCGAAGCGACGUCGUCAGCGUCUGCGCCGUCGACUUCGUCACGGGCGCGGUCCUGCUGCACGCGCUCGUCGAGCCCACGGACAGGGUCGUCCACUGGCGCACGCGCGUUAGCGGCGUCAGUGCCUCCAUCAUGCGGGACGCGAAGGCCGCCGGCGGCGUUCUGGGCGGCUGGCCGGAGGCGCGGGCGCGGCUCUUCGAUCUCGUCGACGCCGAUACCGUCUUCGUAGGGCAUGCGCUGACGAACGACCUCCGCGCGCUGCACAUCACGCACGAUCGCGUCGUGGACUCGUCCAUUGUCACGGCGGAGGCUGCUUUCGGGCGGGAGGCGAAGAGGUUUGGCCGCACAUGGGGGCUCCAGACGCUAUGUCGGGAUCUCCUGGGUGUGGCGAUACAGGAUGCUCCUACGGGACACGAUUGUGUCGAGGAUGCGCUGGCGACGCGCGAGUUUGUGCUGUGGUGCAUCAAGCACCCACUGUUGCUGGAGGCAUGGGCUACAGCCGCUGGGGAGAUUUUCGAGAGGGAGAAGGAGGAACGCGCUGAGAAGCAGCGGGCGAAGGCGAGGGUUAAGGCUGCGGCUGCUUAUCGCAAAUAUCUAAUAGAUGCAGGAUGGCCUCAACGCUAUGGGGAAGCACGCUUUUAA